GGAAGUACGUCUGCAGUAGGGCGGUGUUAUCUAACGAGGAUUUCCGGAAAACGCCAUUUCGUGCUUCCUUGAGGAGAAAAACACGCAUUCGAGGAGAGUUGUGCAAGACGGUCGUUGGGCGCACGUUUACGUUUCUGGUAGAAGUUUGUGGAGUAACAUUUUUUGUUUAGCGCAUUGAUGCCUGUUGAAAUGGGAGAUCCAAGCAUGCAUAGAGACUGUCCUCUCGACUGCAAGGUCUACGUGGGGAAUUUGGGGAACAAUGGAAAUAAAACGGAGUUGGAGAGGGCCUUUGGUUACUACGGGCCCUUGCGCAGCGUUUGGGUUGCCAGGAACCCCCCCGGGUUUGCCUUUGUGGAGUUUGAGGACCCCCGUGACGCGACGGACGCAGUGAGAGAGCUGGAUGGAAGGACGCUGUGUGGGUGCAGGGUGAGAGUGGAGCUUUCCAACGGAGAGAAACGUUCGCGGAGUCGCGGGGGCCCGCCCCCCUCCUGGAGCCGGCGAGCCCGAGACGACUACCGGCGCCGCAGCCCCCCGCCCCGGCGCAGAUCACCUCGUAGGAGGAGCUUCAGUCGUAGCAGGAGCAGAUCUCUCUCCAGAGACAGAAGGAGGGAAAGAUCUCUGUCACGAGACAGGAACCACAAACCUUCACGCUCCUUCUCUAGGUCACGAAGCCGUUCUAGGUCCCCGGACAGGAAAUAAAGGACUGGAAGGCAAGAAGAUGGUCUCGUUAGAUAGUUGGAUGUCAUGGACCUUGAGCCCUGAAGUUUGUUUUAUUUUUAAAGGUCUUUUUAGCGGUUUAGUUUUUGCUUUUCUGGUGACAUGCAAGGUACCUAGUUCCUUCAUAUUUUGUAUAUAAGUGGGUAUAUGCAGGUGAAAUGCUUUACAUGCAAAGUACUGUUUUAGUCUAAAUGUCCCCCUGCAGCAUUCCAUACCCACUUGCACAAGCAUUUAAAUUCUCUUCCAAAGCUGUUCUGUGUCUUUUUUGUGUAUAUAGAGGACUGAAUGUAUGAAAAGCAUGUUGGGUAAAACCCAGUCUCGUCCAACAGACAAGCCACACGCCGGAGAUUAUGGGGUAAACUGUUUGGAUGCCCAGGCAAACUCCCAAUACCUUUUUUGAUUUUAUUUUUUUAAAUGACUUUGGUCAGGAACAGUCCCAGGAUAUAAUGUGAUUAAUUCUCACUGUGCUUGUGAUGCCCUUUGUCAAUACUGCAUUUAUGGGCUUGGUUGUUUCAUACCGAUGACACCCAAAGUUGUAGGGUUAGAGCCCCCCCCCCCCCUGCCCCAUGAACUUGCGAAAGCAAACCUUGUGGUGGUGUAAUGAAGAAAUGCCCUGUAACAAUCCUUUUUCUUUUUCUUUUUUUGCUCUUUGUACUGUUUGUAAUGUUCUCUGAAUUAAAGCUGGAUACAGAACAUUUG